AUGGUGGAUUACAAAUGUCUUAAUUUCUCAUACCUCUUUCCACGUGUUUCUGUUUCUGCUCAUUUUUUGGCCAUUUUCACUUUUUCCACUGCUUACGUUCUACGUCUCUCCUUUCUUUUGCUCUUUGCUAGACGAUCUUUGGUUUUCUUUCCAGAACGAAGAUCAUGGAAACGAAGGCCGAAGCAAUACCCAGAAUACCGCCGCCGCCGCAGGGAUCAACGCCUUUGUCGAUCUGACCCGUCUCUGUACAAUGACCACUUGCUCAGCUCCUUGGGUUCUCUGAAUGACACCGGUGAGAAAGUGGUGGUGGUUGUAGCACUUAACAAGAAAGAGAGCCGAUUGAAGAUCAUGCUGAUUGAUAAUGGCAACUUUGUUAAACCGGAAUAUGGUUUGAAACAAGGUAAAGGGCUUUUUUUGUUGAAAGGGCUUCAAUUGGUAAUUUAAUACAAGUUCUUGGAGUCUAUUGAUGCAAAAAGAAAGCAUAGAUAUGUGAUCUAGAUGAUGACAUUCAUGAACUUGGUCAAGACAAAAGAGAAAAAUGUAAAUCAUCCAAAAAAGGAUAAUUGUAUGACAUCUUAACAUGCAACUACUUGCACCUAUUUUUCUUAAAAAGAACUUAUAUUUUGAUUUUAUUGGAUUAUCUUUUUAAAAAAGGCUCACGUAAUGUCACAUUUUUUCAACAACUAGACAGAUAAAUAGUUGGAUGUCUUCAUUAACUCCAUUAUGUAUUAUGUUUUUUUUGUUUGUAACAAG